CCAAUUGUGUUGAUUCUCUUCUUCAGGGUCGAUGUUCAAGGGAAAACUGCAAAUAUCUUCACCCACCACCACACUUAAAAACGCAGCUGGAGAUAAAUGGACGCAAUAACCUGAUUCAGCAGAAGAACAUGGCCAUGCUGGCCCAGCAGAUGCAGCUUGCCAACGCCAUGAUGCCUGGUGCCCCGUUGCAGCCUGUGCCGAUGUUUUCCGUUGCACCGAGCUUAGCCACCAACGCAUCGGCCGCCUUCAACCCCUACCUGGGGCCCGUCUCCCCAGGCCUGGUCCCAGCAGAGAUCCUGCCCACCGCCCCGAUGCUGGUGACAGGGAACCCCGGUGUCCCAGUUCCUGCCGCUGCCGCCGCCGCUGCCCAAAAGCUGAUGAGGACAGACAGGCUGGAG